GCCCUCCCAAGUGUGGUGUGCUGUCCUGAGAAGUGUGGAUGGAGUGGGAACACAGAGAUGGCCCAGACACGGUGUCAGCAUCCACCUCACCCCCACUGCAAACAGUUCAUGUCCAGCGCCUGCUAUUCCAAGGGCCAUGAGGUCAGCUGGGAAGAGGACAGGCCCGUUUGUCUGAGGUCAAGACCAGGCCAAGGGGAUGUGGCUACCUCCGCUCUGCCUCCCAGCAUCUCUGGAUUUUCCUUAGAAAAGCCAGGGCGUGGUACUCACCAGCCCCUCCUGAAGGCAGCAUCCCUGGACAGACCCUUGAGCCUGAGAUUAGCGGGAACUCUGUGUUGGGUGAGGCUGAUCUGUUUGAUGGGGGGAUUGAGCUAGGGUGCUGGAGGGGCCCUCUGUGGGGACCCCUUGCUGUCUAGAAGGCAGCUCUACUCAGACAGGAGGCUGGGAUUCCCAGCCCUGAGUCCUGGCUCCUUGCCCAGAGUGAUUUCCCAGCUAAAGGCCUGCCAGGAAGAAGACUCCCAUCAGCCUUCAGGGUGGGGCAGCCUGGACGGGGCGGACGGGGUGUGGGGGAGCCCCGAGGACACCCAGCCUGGGUGGAGGGAGGGCCAGGGAGACCUUCCUGCUUCAAGCGGGGGCUUCCUGUACCGUGCAGGGUGAGCUUGGGCAAUUCAUUUCUCCUCUCUGAGCUCUAGUUUCCUCACCUGCAAAAUGAGAGGGAGGUUGGGAGUUAGCCUCCAGCUCUGAUGCUCGGAGAGUUAACACAGGACCUGCCCCAGCCCAGCCCCCAGGGCCCCGGCUUUCAGGGCCUGGGUUGGGGUUGAGCGCAGGGUCUGCAGGAGUGGCCUCAAUUUCUCUGUCCUCAGUGUUGUCAGGACCCAUCCCCUGGCCUCUACCUAUGAGGAAAGUCCCAUUAUUGCCCCAUUUCACGGAUGAGGAAGCAGGCUCAGGGAGGUGAGGCAAGGUACCCAGGCCCCCACAGCAAGCAGCACAGCCAGAGGUGUUCACUGAGGCGGUCUGAUGUCAGGCUUCCCCUGCUGGGCUCUGGGAGCCCCACAGUGAUGUGUGACAGACGCGGCCCUCGCUUUGCCUGGGUUCCUGCGCCCUGUGCUGGUUUCAGGGUAGUGGAGGCACAGCUGGUCCACAGUCCAUUGCCUGCCAGGGGCCAAGAGCGGCUCUGACCACCCAAGGACUCUCCCUCCCAACUCAAGUGCUGACAACUGACCUCUGGCCUCACCUUUCCCACCCUACUCUUCCUAAGGGGCUGGGAAACCGCUAGAAACUUCGCUGUAGACUUGGGUGUUGACGCCUGGCUCACCCCAGGAGCCAAGGCCGUGCAGGGGGCUCGGUUCUCAGCCCCCAGCUGGGCCACCAUGGCGCGGCGGCUCCAGGACGAGCUGGCCGCCUUCUUCUUUGAGUAUGACACUCCCCGAAUGGUGCUUGUGCGCAACAAGAAGGUGGGCGUCAUCUUCCGCCUGAUCCAGCUCGUGGUUCUGGUCUACGUCAUUGGGUGGGUGUUCGUCUAUGAGAAGGGCUACCAGACCUCGAGUGGCCUGAUCAGCAGCGUGUCUGUGAAGCUCAAGGGUCUGGCUGUGACGAAGCUCCCAAGCCUGGGCCCCCAGGUCUGGGAUGUGGCUGACUACGUCUUCCCAGCCCAGGGGGACAGCUCCUUUGUGGUCAUGACCAAUUUUAUCGCCACCCCCCGGCAGGCCCAAGGCCACUGUGCAGAGAACCCGGAAGGGGGCACGUGCACGAAUAAUAGUGGCUGCACCCCGGGAAAGGCAGAAAGGAAGGCCCAAGGCAUCCGCACAGGCAAGUGUGUGGCCUUCAACGACAUCGUGCAUACGUGUGAGAUCUUUGGCUGGUGCCCCGUGGAGGUGGAUGACGACAUCCCAUGCCCUGCCCUUCUCCGAGAGGCCGAGAACUUCACUCUCUUCAUCAAGAACAGCAUCAGCUUUCCACGCUUCAAGGUCACCAGGCGCAACCUGGUGGAGGAGGUGGAUGCCGCCUACAUGAAGACCUGCCUCUAUCACAAGACCUUGCACCCACUGUGCCCAGUUUUCAAGCUCGGCUAUAUGGUACAAGAGUCAGGCCAGAAUUUUAGCACCUUGGCCGAGAAGGGCGGGGUGGUAGGCAUCACCAUCGACUGGCACUGUGACCUGGACUGGCAUGUGCGACACUGCAAACCCGUCUAUGAGUUCCACGGGCUGUAUGAAGAGAAGAAACUGUCUCAAGGCUUCAACUUCAGGUUUGCCAGGCACUUCGUGGAGAAUGGGACCAACUACCGGCACCUCUUCAAGGUGUUUGGGAUUCGCUUUGACAUCCUCGUGGAUGGCAAGGCUGGCAAGUUUGACAUCAUCCCCACCAUGACCACCAUUGGCUCUGGGAUUGGCAUCUUUGGGGUGGCCACGGUUCUCUGCGAUCUGCUGCUGCUCCACAUCCUGCCCAGGAGGCAGUACUACAAGCAGAAGAAGUUCAAGUACGCGGAGGACAUGGGGCCAGGGCCGGGGGCGCACGACCCUGCGGCCACCAGCUCCACCCUGGUUCUGCAGGAGAAUGUGAAGACAUCCUGACCUCUGUCCCCCCCUCCUACUGGACACAGCAGGCGGGGAGCCUGGUGGAGUCUCAGCCAGGGUGGAGGGGUCUCCCCAGGAGCGCUCCCACCGUCUCGGCCAGGCAGACACCAGGUUGCCGGAAGCUCAGGGUGGACUCUGGGAGAGACCUGCACAAUUCUGGGCUCUGGCUCCAACUCUGCAGCCCCCAAGGGAGCCUCACACCAGCCUCAGCCACUCCUGGCCCCAGGUUUUAUGCCUCUCCCUCUGGGCCCUUGUCUAUCCAUCCUACUCCCUCAUGUCUCCAGACCUCUGCUGUCCCAUAUGGCAGCCACUAGCCAUCGGUGACUAUUUAAAUUAAUUAAGAUUGAAUAAAAUUAAAACUUCAGUUCCUCAAACAGCCACAUUACAACUGCCGAAUACGCACAUAUGGCUGUGGUUGCCCUAUUGAACCACAUGGAACGUUUCCAGCAUCGCAGAAAGUUCUGUUGGACAGCUCUGCUUGAACCCUUUUUCUUACUGACCCCAGAUUUCCCUGGGAUGCUUAUCAACAGUGCUGGCACCUGGGGAUUCCCUGGCAGUCCAGUGUUUAGGCCUCUGCGCUUUCAUUGCCAAGGGGCCUGGGUUCGAUCCCUGGUCAGGGAACUAGGAUCCCACAAGCUGUGAGGCCAAAGGAAAAAAAAAAAGAAAAGCAGUGCCAGCGACUGGGUGCACCCCAGACCUCCGGAACCAGAAACUCCACGUCUGGUCACAUGAUCUGCAAGCAUAGCAAACUCUUCAGGUCAUUUUCAGGACCUAAGUUUUAGAACCGCUCCUGAUCAGGUAUCAGACUUAGCUGGGGCCGGCAUCCCCUGGCAGGUGCGGGCCUUGAGCAGGUGUGUGGUGUGCUCACAAGCCACACGGUGUCUCAUGCACUCCUCCCCCUCGUGCACACUCUCACCCGCACGCACAGCCCCCCUCCCAUCCACACUGUGUGUUUGAACAGCUUGGGCCCUGCAAACACAACCAUCUGAACACACCUACACCCCCAGGCACAGACUCAUGGUCCACGCCACCCCGCCUCUGUGGGGAUGUGCUUCUCCUCAAGUGUGUCAGGCCAGGACAGUCUCUUCUAGUGAUGAAUCCUUACUCAGCUACCUCUGGUCAGCGUGGGAGCCUCAGCCGAAUCCUGGGCUCUCUGCCUGUGAGCCAGCCCCAGCUCCCGAGGCCUGCCCGGCUCUGUGUGAACACAAGGUCUGGGAAAUCAAGGGCUGGAGUAUAAUAAGAGGAUUGGUGAACGAGUUCAAACCUCUGCCUUCCGCCCUUUCUUCCCAGCCCUCUCUGAAACCCAGUGUCCGCAGCUGUGAAACACGGGGCUAAGCUGAGCGAUCUUUGAGAUCCUUCUGGGUCUCUCCGUGGGAGGUGGUGAGCUGACCCUUAUGCAGAGGCAGUGUUGGGCAUCAGCUCACCUCUAUCCAGGGGCCGCUGUCCUGGCACGGCCCCAGUCAUUGGAGAUCUUCCCAACCCUCCACACGCCCCUCCCCCGGCUUUGAAAGGCCCGGCACUGGGACAAGCAGAGACCCCAGGAGUGGCCUCAUGAAAGCAGGGGAGAGGAAGGGGCUGGCUGUCCCAGGAGGGAGAUCGGAUGCAAUCCCAAAGAGGGGAGGAAGGUCUUGACUGGAGACAGUGUGGAAGGAUCCUCCAGGGACCCUGCUGUGGGCAUGACCCUCCGGCCAAGCAGGGUCUCUGGGCACCCCCAUCACCAUGCUCUGUCUAGACCAGUGUUGUCCAACACCAGUGAUGGAACAUUCUCUAUCUGUGCUGUCCAAUGUAGUAUUCACAUUGUGGACGUUAAGUAUUUAAAAUGUGGCUCAUGCAACCAAGGAACUCAAUUUUUUAUUUUAUUCAUUUGAAUUUAACUCGCCACGUGUGGCUAGUGGCUACCAUAUUGAACAUCACAGGCUAGCCCCUCCCCUCUCCCUCAGGCCCUUGGCCUCCUGCCGUCUUCCCCGGCCAAGAGCCAUCCCUUGGAUUUUACAAGACAGGCACUCCCUCUUCUUCCCUCCCUUCCUUCUCCAGAUCUACCUGCUUGUGCACCUCCAGUCCCCUUCCCUCCUGAGUGAGCAGAGGAUUCCUCCCUGGAAAUCAUGCCUCACCCAGCCUGGAGGCCGCCUCUCCUCUCUCCUGCUCCUCUCCUGCCUCCUCGCAGCCCACAUUUCCCUGCUGCUCUGCCUGCUCUCUGUUCACUGCCACCACCAUUCCAGAAAGACCAGUCUACACUUCCCUCUGGGUCCCACCCUCUACAAUUGGCCUCCAGCCCCUACCCCCACUUCUAGAUGCCCUUGCCAAGGUUACCAGCGGCGUCCUUGUUGCCAGAUGCAAGCAGACACUUCAGCCCAUAUCCUGCUCAGCCUGUCAGCCUCUGACACUGUUGGCUGAGCCCUCCUUUGUUGAAAGAUUUCCUUCCAGCAGCUCCUAGGACCCACCCUCUCCAGAUUUUCUAGUCAGCCUGGAGUGUAGGGAUAAGAUAGUUUUCAAUUGCAACUCUGUCACUGUGUGUCCUUGGGCAAGUUGCUUAACUCUCCAAGCCUCCUCUGUGAGUCAGGGAUAAUAAUAGCCUCUACUCAGGUUGGGGUAAGAUAAGAUGCAUAAAGUACCUAGCACAGAGCCUGGCACACAGUAGUGCUCUGCCCCUGCCUCUAUCCUCUCUUUCAAUGGCAGAGUCAGAUAGCUGUCCCCAGGUUCUUGGCUGGGUAUGUGGCUGCCUAGAAUGGAAGCUGCAUUUCCCAGCCUCUUCUUGCAGCUGGGUCUGGUCAUGUGACUGUUAUAGCUAAUUGGAUGUAUGUGGAAGUGUCAUGUGACGCCUUCUGGGAACUUUCCUUAAAAGAGAGCUGGUGCAGAUCCUUUGCCUUCUUCUUCUUCAUCCUUGUCUCCAUCCCACUGCCUGGAAUGUGUGCGUGAUGGUUGGAGCUCUAGCCGCCAUCCUGAAUCACGAGGACAAGAGUCAAAUCCAGAAGUGGCUGGAGUAGUGAGUGGAAAGGGCCACAUCUGGGAGGUCUUUGUGGAGCACAGCUGACAUACUGUUACCCCAAAACUGGGUUCACCUUCUGGUGGGUGUUGAGCCAAAAGACACAACCAAGCCAAAGAGUGGGAGAAGGAGGCACUUACUACCUGAGGCAAGUAAGGAGAACACUGGGGAUCUUUCCCAAAGCAGUGUCUCCCCGAAUGGCAAAACUGUGGAAGUGUUAAGCUACGGGUACCUGCAUAUUCGUGAAGAGGCUUGGGCAGUGUACGAGUCAUAGAAUUGGGGCAAAGGUUGACAGAAGCGUCAGAAAAGAUCAACAUCAUCCCUCAGGUUCUAGUUGAUCUGGUGGUUGAAGGGGGUUUAAAUUCUGCAAAACAGCUCUCUUAAGAAAGUACUUCAGGCUAAUCUGAAGUACUCAACCAGAACUGGGGGUCUUUACAACUGCUCUAUUAUCUUUGCCAUUGUUAUUUCUCCACCUGAUAACAGCUGUUUGUUCCUGCAUUCUUUUGUUCCCUUAUGAUCAUUAAUUACUGAGACCUGUUCAAGGACAAGCAUUGUGGCCAGGGUUAGAUUACAAAAACGGCUUAGGCCAAAAAUGGCUUCUCUUAUGUCAAAAUGCUACAUCUGGUUCUUUUCCUCGGGGAGCCCCUACCCCAUCUGCUUACAAUACCAGCCCAGGACUGUCUUCCCUGAGGCUCUUACAUGGAAUUUCUGUUAUCUAAGUCAAAACUGAUCCUACCUGGUACAGAAAUUUUUCCCCCUAAAAGCAAGUGUUCUGUCCUCAGCCCCUGUUUAUUUGCCCUGAAGUUAUCUCAGCCUUUCCCAUGGCCCUACUAUGGGUCCCUUCGGACAACUCCCAAAACUGUCUCAAUGGCCCAGCCCUCUUUCCUGAACUCCAACCACACACAUCCAACCCCCUAAUCGCCAUAUCAAUUAAUUAUUCAUUCGACAAA